AGAAUCAAAUAAACAUCGGACUUAUCUUGUGCGUGACAUAAAUUCAAUUACAUUCAAAUGGGCGCAUGUAAUACACUCUAAAGGUAUUCAUUAUUUCUUAAUGCAGGCAGUAUUCCGCUUACUUUCGCAUCAACGCACUCGAUUAAUGGCCAGCUUCUCGCAAGUUCUCAACCCGAUGACGGGCCAAAACACAUGGCAGGAGCGUGGCGAUGACUAUGAUUACCACCAGGAGGUGGCAAACGCUGGAUUUGGCGACAUGCUGCACGAUUGGGAACGUAACCAGAAGUACGAUGCAGCUCUACGAAAAACCAUCGCAGCAAUGCGUCAAGCCGGCAAACCAGUCCACGUGCUUGACAUUGGCACCGGCACCGGAAUUCUGUCUAUGAUGGCACUUCGAGCGGGCGCCGACACCGUAACAGCCUGUGAGGCAUUCAUGCCCAUGGCGAAUUGUGCUGCGCGAAUAUUCACAGCCAAUGCGGCGGAGCAAGUGCGACUCAUACGCAAGCGUUCCACGGAUAUUAAGAUUGGUGUGGAUAUGCCGCAUAAAGCCAAUUUGCUUGUGGCCGAGCUGCUGGAUACUGAACUGAUUGGAGAGGGUGCCAUUGGCAUUUACAAUCAUGCACACCAGCACCUGCUUACCGAGGAUGCCGUCUGCAUUCCUGCGCGUGCUACAUGCUACGCCCAAGUGGCGCAAUCUCCUUUAGCGGCUCAGUGGAACAGCCUGAAGAUAUUGGCCAACCUUGACGGCGACAUACUGUUGCGUCCGCCGGCUCAACUUGCUCAGUGUAGCGGCGAAGCGGCUCUUCAUGAUGUCCAGCUAUCCCAGUUGCCGUCCCAUUCUUUUCGAGCACUCAGCAAGCCCGUAGAGAUUUUUAAAUUUGACUUCAAGCGCAAGCAAGAGCGGAAAUUGCAGCGUGAAAACGUCUUACGUGUGGAGCUGUGUGCGCCAGGCACAAUUGAAUUAGUCUUCUACUGGUGGGAAAUUGACAUGGACAAUGAUGGUGAAAUACUGCUUAGCUGUGCUCCAUACUGGGCUCAUCCUGAACUGAUGCAACUGCAGUUAAAUUGCGUCGACAAGGAGCGACCUGUCGCCAAUGUCGUGCCUUGGCGGGAUCACUGGAUGCAGGCCAUAUACUACAUACCUAAGCCUCUACAGAUGCCUGACGCAACCGAGCCCUUCUGGCUGAGCUGCUACCACGACGAGUACUCACUGUGGUUCGAUGCGCACAAGGGUCAAGCGCCCACGAAGCCUGUGGCUCGACACAGCUGCAGCUGUGACCUGCACAUGACCUACACACGGAGUCGCAUUGGGCAGCUAAAUCAGGGUACGCGGAACAAACGCUACCUGAGCUAUUUGGAAGAGGCAUUAUUAGAUGCCAAGACGGAACCUGUCCACCUACUUGUGUUGGGCGAUGGUUGUCUGUUGGGACUCGCAGGUGCGGCAUUAGGUGCUGCAACUGUGCGUUGCCUGGAGCCGCACCGCUUCUCGCGUCGGCUGCUUGAAUCCAUCACCAAGCACAACCAGCUCACGAAUGUUACGUUUCUGGAUAGUAUAAAAGAAUUAGAAGCCAAGGAUCUGGCCAACUUGACACAUAUUUUUGCCGAGCCUUACUUUCUCAAUGCUAUUUUACCCUGGGAUAACUUUUACUUUGGCACAUUGUUACUUCAGCUAUUGGAGAAGCUGCCGCCUGCAGUGAAAAUAUCACCAUGCGCAGCUCGCAUUUAUGCUCUGCCUGUGGAAUUUCUCGAUCUGCACAAGAUACGUGCACCCAUCGUUAGUUGUGAAGGUUUCGAUCUGAAACUCUUCGAUAACAUGGUGCAGCAAUCGGCGGAGGAGGCGCUUUCGUUAGUGGAGCCGCAGCCCCUUUGGGAAUAUCCAUGUCGUGCUCUUGCCCAGCCACAAGAAAUCCUCAGCAUUGACUUUGCCAACUUUGGCUUGGAACAACAGAAACAGGGUCAACUGGCUCUGUCGGCAGCUGGCCCGUGCAACGGGAUUGCAUUGUGGGUAGAUUGGCAACUGGUUGCCAACAACAGUCCAAAAUCCGUCGUAAGCACGGGACCUAUUGAGCCAGUUAAACCCGGUGAAUUUGUCAAAUGGGACAUGUUUGUCCGCCAAGGAGUGCACUUCAUCAAUCAAACUGAAUCAACGACCACAGAUGGUAAAAAACGUUUAGAAUGGAGCACCACCUUCAAGCCUCUUUUGGGAGAUCUGAGCUUUACAUUUUCGCUUAAUGCCAUCCAUGAAAAAAAAGAAUAAACACAUAAGUUUAUAUUCUGCUUACAAAUCUGCCUCAGAGGGACUUGAGCUUUAACGAUUUCGCUAAAAGCGUUCAUUAGGAAAAAUUAAAUAAAAAUAUCUGCUUCAGAAUUAAGUCUAAA